CGCAGGGAGGACUGCAGGGCCCGCGGCCGGAGACUCCGCGCCGCCUCUGAGCGGGCCCGCGUUCGCCGGCGCUCCGGGCACUGCGCUCGCUCCGCUUCGCCGCCCGCCCGCCGGCCGUGGCGAGCACAACCCACCCUUCGCCGGCCCUUCCUCGGCGCUCAGGUGCGAGCGCGGGGCCCCGCCGCAGCGCCCGCCGCAGCGCCGCGGCAAGCCGCACUCGGCUUCGCUGCCGGGGCUCCGGAGCCUUCGCUUCCGUCUCGGCCAAGUUGCGUCGACCGGCCCUUUCGCCACCUUCCCCGCCCGGGGGCCAAGCCACCGCUGCCGCUGCUUUCACUUCACCCAAGCGGGGGCUGCGGGGGCUGCGGGGCCGCAACCCGGAGAGGAUGGGGAGAAGGCUGCAGAUGCCGAGGCGCCCCGAUACGCCCGUGCGGCAGUGACCCGCCAACCCCCGCCUCGCCCCACGCGCUUCUCCGGUGCCCGCGACCUUCGGCUCCCCUUCUCGGCCGCACAGGAACCCCCGCGGCCCGGCCAGCCCCCUCCCCCUGUGAGCCCGCGGCGGCCCUCCCGGCGGGCGGGCGGAGGCCCGGGCAGGCGCGGGCGCGGGCGCGGGCGCGGGCGGGGGCGGGGCGGGGCGGCGCGCCGGGAGCCCGGAGCCCGGCCCUGCGCUCGGCUCAGCUCGCCUCGCGGCGGGCGCCCUCGUCGCCAGCGGCGCACCAUGGACGGGCUGCCCGGUCGGGCGCUGGGGGCCGCCUGCCUUUUGCUGCUGGCGGCCGGCUGGCUGGGGCCGGAGGCCUGGGGCUCGCCCACGCCGCCGCCGUCCCCGGCCGCACCGCCGCCGCCCCCGCCACCCGGAGCCCCCGGCGGCUCGCAGGACACCUGCACGUCGUGUGGCGGCUUCCGGCGGCCCGAGGAGCUGGGCCGGGUGGACGGCGACUUCCUGGAGGCGGUGAAGCGGCACAUCUUGAGCCGCCUGCAGAUGCGGGGCCGGCCCAACAUCACGCACGCCGUGCCCAAGGCCGCCAUGGUCACGGCCCUGCGCAAGCUGCACGCUGGCAAGGUGCGCGAGGACGGCCGCGUGGAGAUCCCGCACCUCGACGGCCACGCCAGCCCGGGCGCCGACGGCCAGGAGCGCGUCUCCGAAAUCAUCAGCUUCGCGGAGACAGAUGGCCUCGCCUCCUCCCGGGUCCGCCUGUACUUCUUCAUCUCCAAUGAAGGCAACCAGAACCUGUUUGUGGUGCAGGCCAGCCUGUGGCUUUACCUGAAGCUGCUGCCGUACGUCCUGGAGAAGGGCAGUCGGCGGAAGGUGCGGGUCAAGGUGUACUUCCAGGAGCAGGGCCGCGGAGACCGGUGGAAUGUGGUCGAGAAGAAGGUGGACCUCAAGCGCAGUGGCUGGCACACCUUCCCGCUCACCGAGGCCAUCCAGGCCUUGUUCGAGCGGGGCGAGCGACGACUCAACCUGGACGUGCAGUGCGACGGCUGCCGGGAGCUGGCCGUGGUGCCCGUGUUCGUGGACCCCGGCGAGGAGUCGCACCGGCCCUUCGUGGUUGUGCAGGCGCGGCUGGGUGACAGCAGGCACCGCAUUCGCAAGCGGGGCCUGGAGUGCGAUGGCCGGACCAAUCUCUGUUGCCGGCAACAGUUCUUCAUCGACUUCCGCCUCAUCGGCUGGAACGACUGGAUCAUCGCACCCAUCGGCUACUACGGGAACUACUGUGAGGGCAGCUGCCCAGCCUACCUGGCGGGGGUCCCUGGCUCUGCCUCCUCCUUCCACACGGCUGUGGUGAACCAGUACCGCAUGCGGGGCCUGAACCCGGGCACGGUGAACUCCUGCUGCAUCCCCACCAAGCUGAGCACCAUGUCCAUGCUCUACUUCGACGAUGAGUACAACAUUGUCAAGCGGGACGUGCCCAACAUGAUCGUGGAGGAGUGCGGCUGUGCCUGACGACGGGGCUGCAGUGGUGGGGCACGGGGACAGUCCCGGAUGGGCUUCUUCCAUCCCCUGUGGGAACGGGGUGCACGGUGCGCUGAGCGUGGUCGUUCCAUUGGGCUGCCCAGAAGGUGCCAGGGUGAAGCCUGAAAUAUUUUCCUACUGCUUCAUCGAGCAAUCAGUCAAAACUGGAGUGAGAACCCGCAACUGACAUGAAAUACUUUAAAAUGCACACGUAGACACGCACAGCCCGAUGCAUCCUGCCACCCACACAGCAGCCUCCAGGAUACCAGCAAAUGGAUGCGGUGACAAAUGGCAGCUUAGCUACAAACGCCUGUCAGUUGGAGAGAAUGGGGUGAACAGCCCCCAUUCCCACCAGCUGGCCCGGCCACUCUGAAUUGCGCCUUCCGAGCACACAUAAAAGCACAAAGACAGAGAUGCACGGAGAGAGAGAGCACGGGAGCCACUGAGAGGAAAAGCAGAGGCAAGGGUGGGGAUCGUGCAGGCAGGGGGAGGGCUGCAUGAAUCCCUCCACUUGGGCAAGGUCUGCCAUGCCUCAGCAUCUCCUGGCUCAAACUUGUGGGCUCCCUCCCGCCUGGGAUCUUUCAUGCUGUGGGACCCAGAGAGCCUGUCCUUUCUCCUCGUAGAGGGAAGGAGGCCCAGAAAGGACCUAACCUGCCAGAGACCGUGGACCAGUGGCAAUGACGGUUUGACUGUUGCUUGGGUCCCUGGCGUGACUUAUGUGUGUGUUUGUUUUGAGGGUGGGGAGGGAGGGAGAGGAGAAGGGUCUUAAUUUGAUGCUUUAACUGAUCACUAGCAGUUGAUAGGUCAUUCAUUCCAGUCGUAUAGUUGAAAAGGGACUUUUCUACCAGGUGUGACCUUUUAAGUUAAAAUCUGAAUUGUUCUAAAUGGGAAGAAAACAAGUUGCAAUCUAUGCCCUUCAUGGGGAUAUUCCUCUAGGACUGGUUGGAGAGGGGUGGAAAUGACCCCUAGGCAAGAGGCUGAGCCCAGAGGAGGAAAUGUUGGAGUGGAGGCAUUCUGGGAAUGCUGGGGGGUGGGGUGCCCCCUCAGCAUGGGGCAAUGGAGGAGAGCAGUUUAGCUGGUCUUGGAGAGAUGAGGAAGGCUUUCAGCUGCUUUGCAGAAGUUGCCUGUGGGGGCCCCCCCGGUCACCGCAGUGGCCCCGCCCGCUCGCCUGCCGCCUGCCCCUCCUAGCACUUGCAGAGCUGCCUGAACGCACACCAUAGAGCACUUGCCCCGCUGCGUGUGUCCAGAAGUGGCCCUUGGCAGAGCACUGACCUCGCUCACCCUUAGAUGUCCAAGUGCCAUGUGAACUAUGCAAUUUAAAGGGUUGACCCCACACUAGACGAAACUGGACUCGUACGACUCUUUUUAUAUUUUUUAUACUUGAAAUGAAAUCCUUUGCUUCUUUUUUAAGCGAAUGAUUGCUUUUAAUGUUUGCACUGAUUUAGUUGCAUGAUUAGUCAGAAACUGCCGUUUGAAAAAAGAAGUUAUUUUUAUAGCAGCAAAAAAAAAAAAAUACAGUGAAAUGUAUUAUACAUAAUUUUGGAACCAAAGAGGCCAACAGAUCAGUUUUAAUUUUUAUUAGAUGGUGAGGCCAUCUUAUGUGAGGUGGACGUUCAGAACAAUCCCUUGAGUGGCCUGCCAGCAUUUCAGGGUAUAAAUGGAUUCUGUUUAUUCAGUUUGAUGUGUCUUUUCUAUCCUUACACACCCAGAAGGUAGAGUAAGAAUGACUGUGGUAGAAUGCAGGUGUGUAUCCUUAAAUCCCCAUCUUUAUGUUUAUUUAAUAAAGCUCCCCUUAGGUUCUGUUUCAUAAUAAUUUAAAACCAAACAAUUUUCCCAUAGACUUGCUGUUAAAGUAUUUUACAUUUGUGUACAGUUUAAGCAAAUAAAAGAUUGAGUGCCA